AUCUGUGUGACCGCAACAAAAAAUACAAAUAACAUUCAUAACCUCCGAUAUAAAAUAAAAUGUACAUAUGCAUAUGCAUAAAAUAUUCGUAAAAUAAUGGGAAUUAUCGUACCGACCUAAUAAAACACAAUUUUCUUUUUAUAGGAUUUUUUAAAAGAUAUGUUUGUAUGUAUGUGCAUAUGACGUAUAACCAAGGACAAUGGAGAGAAUCAUUAAUUCAUAUUACUAAUCUACAACAAGCUGUAACGUACAGGUGAUAUGACAGCGUGAAAAUUAAUCUUGACGGAUGAUAACAAUGUUUAAAAGUUUAGUUAAUGUCAUUCAUCUGACGUAUGCAUUUAGAUAUCCAACUAAGUAAAGUGUUCAGUGAUUAUUCUAUUGCUACGAACGCUAUAAUAUUAUAAAAGUAUAUCUAAAGAGUUUUCAAAUACAAAAACGCAAGAGGUAUUAUCGAAGGAAAAAGUAAGGCUAUUGAAAAUUGUACAGAUUGUGACACAAAGCGUAAUAUGAAUUUAUUUCAAUAUAAAUUAAUCGUUAAACAUUAAUCUUUAAGUUGCGCUGUGUAAAUUUUAAUGCGAUUUAGAACACAACCAUAAAUAUUGUCAUGAAUAUAAUGGAUAUAAAAGAUAAUCCUGAAAAUGAUAAUUUUGGAUCCUAUCAUGCUUUGUUAAUCGCAUUCAAAACAAUGAAGGAACGUUGUCAACAAUUACAAACUAGAUUAGCUGCUGUAGAAGAAGAAAAUUUGUGUUUAAGACUAGAAUGUGGAAAGGACAUGUCUACUGCGAUUGUAAAAGUCAAUAGUAAUGACAAAGCUGUGAUUCAAACUUUACAGGAAAAAGUAGAAAAUCUUAAAAAACAAAAAUCACAAUUAACCCAUCAUGUCUUUAUGGUUGCUGCAGAAAAUCGUCAUUUAUGGAACCGACUAAUCAGAUUAUCAAAAACCAAUAAGUCUUUAGAAAUGCAUUUCACAAAAAUUUCUGAUGCAUUAAAACAACAUCCUUCUACUCAAUCAUUUGAUAUUAUGUCACAUAGUUUUUGUAAUAUUCCAUCUCCUAUUAAACAAGAAACAAAUAAAUGUAUAUUGGGUAUAGAUAAUGGUGAAAAAGAGCAGAGUUUGGAAGAAAUAUCACUUAAACUUAUCAACAGUAUUAUGUUAGAAAAAUCUGAUCUUGAACAGCAGUAUGCAGAGAUGGUAGAAUUACAAAACAACGCUGACUUAAAUUUACAAAAUAUUGGUUUCACUUAUCCAGAAGAUUCUGAUACAGAUUCAUUAGAACAAUUAAAACAACAUGAUGUAAGAUUAUCACAAACAAAGGAUGCCUUAUUAGCACAACAGAAUAGAUUGAAAAGAGCUAUACAGAAUAUGAAAAAAAUUAAAAGAGGAGGAAUGUGUAAUGGUUGCCGUAAAAAUGCGAAUAAAAAAGUUGUGCAUAUAGGAAUCCAAUUUAAUUCAGCUGACAGUUUUCAAGAACAUGGUUCAACACAAACAAGUUUACCACCAAUAAGUUUAUCUUUAGAAAAAUGUGCUACUGAAAAUUCAGAUACUGAUGAUAAAAUUUGUCCAUUAUGUGGAUUUUUUUAUGGAAAGUCUAUCCCAUUUGCAGAAUUUCAUGAACAUGUUUUGAGUCAUUUUACGAAAGAUACAUCUGUAGAUGGGUUUGAACUUGUACAUUAAUCCUGUGUAUAGAAAAGUGAUGAAAAGCAAUUCUAUAAAAUCUGUUGUCAAUUUA